AUGGUAAUGGGAAGAUUUGCGUUAUUUCUACGCAUUUCUUGGAGAUGUUUUGUUGAAAUAUGUUUCAUUGAACGCACUUUUGAUGCAGAUAAUAUUGCUGGACGCACUUUUGAGGCACAAAAUAUUACUGAACACACUCUUGAGGCAGAUAAUAUUGCCGAUCACACUCUUGAGGCAGAAAAUAUUACUGGACGUAUUUUUGAUGCAGAUAAUAUUACUGAACGCACUCUCAAGGCAGAAAAUAAUACUGAACGCACUCUUGAUGCAGAAAAUAUUUCUGAAUGCACUUUUGAGGCAGAAAAUAUUACUGAGCGCACUCUCGAGGCAGAAAAUAUUACUGAAUAUAUUUUUGAAGAAGAAAAUUUUACUGAACGCACUCUAGAGGCAGAAAAUGUUACUGAAUGCACUCUUGAUGAAGACAUUUUUGUUUUGAACGUACUAUUUAAGCAGAUUUUCAAAUUUAUGAUAGAAAUUUCUGAACAAAUUAAUGUUGCACAUUAA